AUGGAAGCUGCAGCCAUGCAGCUUGCGACAGCGCUCCUGUCAAAGACUUGGAGUGGAUCGUCCAUGCUUAAGGGUGUUUCCUCUGCCCUUGAGACUGUCAAGACUGAGCUCCCAGAGUCCGAGACAGAACUCCAGCAGAUGAUAAAGGCUUCAAAGGGUUUUGGAUCAGAACUCGAAGAUCAGAUGAAGGACGGGGCCCAACCUCGUGCCCAAGACGGCCCUUUGACGACAGAUGGCUAUGACAUCUUGGAAGUCGAAGACAGUGCGAUGAAGAAGAGAUUGCAAAGCUUUAUGGACACACCCAAGAAAGACGAGCGUGAACACAUGCUGGAGCUUCUUCGGCAACAGCAGCGACUUAUUGCUCGACUUCAAAAGUCAUCCAAGCAGAUGAGCCCUGCCAAGACCCCCAAGACCAAGAGGAAACCACUGAAACUCUUUAGUGCCUGGCACACCGUCUCUGUGGAGGAGCAACCUGCCGAGCGAGAUGAGAAGUUCUGGAACAGGAUGCGAUCCAAGGUGAAUCGCUUGUGUGACCGAACGAAAUCGGGCAAGCUUCAGGUCAGCGACGACAUCCACAAGAUGUGGAAGGAAGCAGGAUCGGUUCGGGACAAUCUGAUUUUGCUCAUGGCUGAUGCAAAUGGGGAUCGUGCAACCAGACAGCAUGCAACCAUGGGUCAGUUCAUCCGCAAAGUGGAUCUGUACCGUGAGCAGCAGAAGUUUCGCGAGCAAGUCACGGAGGGGGCCUUCUACACGGAGGUGGACCUCAAAAGGAAAAGAGUGGCUGGUAUCAUCGAGCUGUGCGAGAAAACUCCCGGUCACGUGCGGACAAGCAAGUACGAUGGCGAGAAGGAGUACUGGUAUGAUCACACCACCCGUGGGGCACGGGGCACCAGGGACACGGAGGGUCUCAGAGAUUCCACCAGUGCCAGCGGAGCUGUUGAUAGCUUCGAGCAGAGUGCCAAGUCAAGCGACCCGCAUAAGAAUUGGGACCUCUCACAGCUUGGUAGCUGUGCAGUAAAGGACAGCCUCCAAAGGCACAUGAACGAGGCGGUCACCGCGAGGGACAAGCUGCUGAAGUUCACAGAACGAUUGGAUCGUGAUGAUGCAUCAGUGCAAGCCUCUGCCAAGCAUGUGGCCACCAUCGCGGAGGCCUUUGCGACCCAGGAUAAUGACUGCAAGGCGCUACGAGAUUUGGGUGGAGCCCCGAAAUCUGAUGCUGAAAAAUCCUUGCAAAAGACCCUCCGAAAGUGGGACCUCACUCUGAAUGUGCCCUGGACAUAUCAGCAGUUAUCUGAAGAUUGCUCUGUUCCGAUGCUUAUGCCGUCUGACUACCUUACCACUCUGGUCGAGAAGGGCUACCUGCACAAACUGCUAGGCUCAGAACGACUUCGAGAGUUUUGGAGCAACUACGCUAAGGAGGAGCCAAACCAUGAAUUGUUCCAGCACGACUUCUUGGAUUUUGGGCAGCUAGACUUCGAGCGACUUUAUUACGGAGGCCUGGAUAUUGGAAACGGUCGUGUGCUGCGCUUUAUCCCCUUGGGGCUCAAAGGAGACCUCCCAUUCCUUUCGAAGAGUGGUCACCUGACCCGCACCUUCCUGCACAUACGCAAGGGGCCGGCAGGCCCCAAAUCGAAACCCCUUACGGGCUGCUGUUGGCUUUGUCAUGCUGGGACUGAUCAGUAUGACUUUGAAGAUCUCGGCUCUGAGCCGGCGUGGCUUGCCACAACAGGGCCACACAAUCCGCCACCAUGGGAUGCUGUGCCUCCUUUCUUUGACCAUGUGGCACAUGUCGUGGAAGACAAAGCAUCGUUUUUUACAUUGGAUGUCCUACACAUAUACCAUCUUGGUGUGGGUCGCGAUUUUGGCGCCAGCGCCCUCGUUGUUGCUUUGGGUCUGUACGGCCGUGGGUCCGUCCCGGAGGCGCUCGAUGAUUUGAAUGCAGACUUGCGGCGUUUCUUGAAGUCCAGUGGGAAAUCUGUGCACUUCCGGUCUCUGACGAGAGACCUUCUCGGUUUUUCGUCAGAGACCACAUUUCCUGUGGGACAUUGGAGCAAAGCGAUGGAUACACCGAUCCUCGUCGCGUUUGCUGCUUGGGUCUUGCAGCAGCGCGGCGGGGACGGUGUUCUAUUGCACCAAGUUCUGAUUUCUGGCUCUGGCGCGAUUGAGCUCUUCAUGAAGACCCUCUUGCAGGCCUCCCUCUGGCUUGACAGGCGCCAGGCUACAAUCGCUGGUCGGGCGGGGAUCCAAUUUCUUGCUCGUUAUCAAAAGGCUGCCCAGCUCUCCUAUGCUGAGCAGGCGAGUGUCACCGAGGAUGCUGUGUUUGCGAACUAUCCAGAGGUAUCUUUUGGCGACUCGUCUGGAGAUGGUUUCCUCUCCAACGACAUCGCAGUUCCAGCUCUCUCCGGCGGGCUGCGGCAGCUGCCUUGUGGUCCUCGGAAAGCCGUACUUUGCGAACGCUGUGGAUGCACGCGCCGCUUCGACGCCUUCGGAGAACGCCACUGCUGGUGCGACUCCUGCUGGGAAGGCUGUUGGCGACCGCGGCACGGCCCUUGCAAGGUCUGUGGCUGCUCCCGCGCCUUCGACAACUAUGGAGACCGUAUUUGCUGGUGUGACUCCUGCUGGCCGGGCUGUCAAGCGAAUGACAUGGAUGACUGCGUGCCGCCCACCGAGCUGGCGGGCUGCCGCUGCGGCCGCCGCGGCUGUCCGGGAGACGCCUGGGAUGCAACGGACAUGACAAAGCCCAUCAUCAUCAAAGAGUCCACAGCUGCCGGCUUUAUGGCUUUCUUGCAAGGCCUGUGUCCAAAAGCCCGUGGCCUGUCCCUCCGACAGCGCAGGCACCCCUUCGCGUUGCCGCUCUGCGCGCUUCCUGCAGCCCUGCCGGGACUGCGCCAGCUGCGCAUCACGGCGGAUCUGAGCAGCUUCUGGGAUUCCAGCGAAGUCUUCGGCCAAGUCGCCGGGAAUCUGGAGGAACUUGUGCUGGAAGACCCAGCUUUGCGGUCACAAGCCCAGAUCCGGUUCAGCGGACUCGCGAAGCUGCGCACUCUCCGUCGGCUCCGGCUUCACUUGCAGCCCAUGGUAAGCUACUCCGAUCUGUUGCUCUUGGCCACUGGCUGCCAGUGCUUGGAGGAGCUUAGCCUCUCCACACUCGAGAUGCCCUCGGGCUCUGGAGUGCUGCAGGGCGUGAGUCUCUUCCGGAAGCUCAGAUGCUUCAAGAUGUUGAGGCAGUCGAACGCAAUCGUCGACGCAUCGUUUCUGGCCUCGGUCUGGCGGCUAUGUCCGGCACUGCAGACGCUGUGGGUGCUGCAGUGCGCUGGUCGCCGUCUUUGCUUCCGGGAGGUCCUCGCAGUGAGCCAGCUGGGCCCUGGUCCUACAUCGCUCGUCGUACUCCCGGAGGAGCCCUACUUCGGAGCUUCGCGGCUCUGUCGGAGGCCGUCAGCCAAGCUCGAGCGCUCCAUUGCAGCCCUUCGACAGGCCGACAUCGACCUCGGGGACCCAUGCUCGCCACUCUUCCGUGAGGAGUACACCCAGCACGAGUGGGUGGAAUUGCUUCGCCGGUUUCUCCGGCCCCGACAAGUCCGCGAUGACACCACCAGUGACGGCGAGACGGAUGGCGAGGGCUGGCCCAACGAAGAAGACUUCACAGCGUUCGACUCCGACGGCAGUGUGGGGACCUUCUACUCGGACUUCAGCGACUUCUCGCGUUGA